AUGCCGCAACCAGAGGUCCCUUCAUCCCCGAAUGGUCCGGACCGUCAUGUUUCGGCGUCCGACGUUGUCUCAAACACUUACGGCAAGGUCAGAUCAACACCUCUACGCCAUGAAAAUUCGAAUAACAUAAUCGGAAACUCCUUCAGCAUGUUUGCUGCUCGGCCCGACCCGAAAGAGGCUCGAUACCUGAAUCCAGACACCGAUGAUGACAACUACAACUCCAAUAUGCCUUUUAGUGAUGACGAUAUGAGAAGUGUGGAGGCCGAGGACGCCGGUGCACCUAUACAACGAGUGGCAAGUUCAGAUUCUGCAGUAGAUCCCGUAACCAAUCUUGCUCAUGACGAAGAGCGUCAAAAGCAGCCAGCAAGAGCGAACACAAGCUCGCAUUUCUCUUCUUUUCGUAGAUCAACCACCACCCUCUUUGGUCCCAAACCAAAUUCUGUCCAGUUCAACGAUGAAAACAGAAAGUCGUCCCGAAAUUUGUUCAACAUAUUCCGGAAAAAGACAAAGGAUAAGGACCGCCGGCCUGAGGUCGCUGAUGGGGAUGCUGACUCCUUGGAGCCAUCUUCUGAUGACAUAGAAGCCGCGAAAAGAGCCGUUGAUCUUUUGAAUGCAUUGACUCUCGGCGGGCCCGCUGUCAAUCUCGUAGCUUCAUGUUUUUGUGAAGACGAACAUGGAAUAGCUCGUGCACCUCUUCUUCUUUCUUUGAUGAGCAUGAAAGUCACCGAUAUCUCUCGCUCACCACUUACAAAAAACCGUAAAUUUAAAAUUGAUUUGCAGUAUGGCGUGGCACCUCAGCGGAUCAAGUGGUCAAUCGAGAAAACCGCAAAAGAUGUCCUCUAUUUGCACUCCCGACUCAAAUGGCUUGGUGUCAGAACAUCUUUUAAAACUUCCGAUCUCCCGAAAUACCCUGUACCUCCUUUACUUAAACGGAACACUGACCUCAGAGUGGUUAGUUUGCCAAAGCCAGCCAAUGGAACGCCUAAUAUAUCUAGUCCAAACCAGGCUCCAAGAAUAUCCGAGGAGUUCAAUAACGAUGUUCAAUCAAACUUGAGCAAUCACAGUCUAAGAGAGAGAUUUUCAACUCUACGAGCUCACUUCAGCGCUCAAUCGUCCAUAUCUUCGGCUGGAUUCGACUCCCCUGAGCAAAUGCGCACCAGGGCCAUAAAAAACCAACAAUAUACCUUGGAAAUCGAAAAUUAUUUAAAAGAACUCAUCAUACAGGUUGCCAUGAGACCUCAAUCCAAUCGUCUUUUCCAAUUUUUCGAGAUUUCUCCCAUAUCUUCUCUUUUGAACUACGAAACUGGUUACAUAGGAAAGCAAGGUGUUAUUCAUGUUGGAGGAACCGCUCGCUCACAAGGCUGGAGAGUUGGCCAUUUCAAAGCAAACGAUCUUAAAUCAAUGAUUGACAGAAGAUCGGAAAAGUGGUUCCUUGUGAGAGGAAGUUAUGUGAUGUAUGUGCCAGACAUUAUUUCCACAACGCCAUUGGAGGUGUUUAUGGUGGAUCCCUCCUUCAAGAUCUUGGGUAAAGGCGAAUCCCUGGACCCAGGUGAUGGAAGAGGCUCUGAUCUGGACUCAGACUAUGCAGAGGAGUCCCAAUCUCAAGUCGAAGCAGCAAAUCGACUUGCGGAUAAGGUUCAAGAUCAAGUUUUCACGCAUCUUAAAAUCACAUUAGAAAACAACGAAAGAAAAUUGGUCAUACUUCCAAAGUCCCGGAUUGAGCAAAAAUUAUGGCUUCAAUCGCUAAAUGAAAUGGUGAAGAGCACUGUCUGGGCUGAGAAGCAUCGGUUUAAUUCUUUUGCUCCUGUCAGAAAGAAUUGCUACGCCCAAUGGUUGGUUGAUGCCCGAGACUACUUCUGGGCCGCUUCUGCCGCCAUGGAAAUGGCAAAAGACGUGAUUUUUAUCCAUGAUUGGUGGCUUUCUCCGGAGCUCUAUCUCCGUCGUCCUGCGAACGGAAAUCAGCAGUUUCGUAUUGACAGAAUAUUGCAAAGAAAGGCGCAACAGGGUGUUAAGAUUUUUGUCAUCGUUUACAGAAAUGUCGGAACCAUUAUCCCAAUUGAUUCCUUGUACACAAAGCAUUCUAUCGUUUCAUUGAAUCAGGAGAACAUUCACAUAAUCCGCUCUCCAAACCAACUUUUGCAAAACACCUUUUUCUGGGCACAUCAUGAGAAACUAUGUAUUGUGGAUUACAACGUGGCAUUCAUUGGUGGUUUGGACUUGUGCUAUGGAAGAUAUGAUACUCCUGAUCAUGUCCUCUCGGACGACUCGAAUAUUGGUUUCACGAACUUAGACCAGAGCAAUUUAACGCCCGAGCAAUUCGAUUCCUUCAACAUCUUCCCGGGCAAAGACUACUCAAACACUCGUGUCAAAGACUUCUCAAAUCUUGAUAAACCAUACGAAACUUUGUAUGAUCGAAACACCACUCCAAGAAUGCCCUGGCACGAUAUUCAUAUGAUGACAUCAGGAGAAGUCGCAAGAGAUUUGUCGCGCCAUUUUGUCCAAAGAUGGAACUACUUACUCAGACAAAAGCGUCCUAGUCGUCUAACUCCACUCCUCACUCCUCCACCUGACCUUACCCCUGAGCAGCUCAAUGACCUCAAUUUGACUGGAAGCUGUGAGGUGCAAAUCCUUCGUUCCGCUGGAAAUUGGUCUUUAGGGCUCAAAGAACACGAAGAAAGUAUUCACCAAGCAUACUUAAAAUUAAUUGAGAACUCGGAGCAUUGUAUUUAUAUUGAAAAUCAAUUCUUUGUGACCUCGUGCUUCAUUGAUGGUACCGAGAUCAAGAAUCGUGUCGGUGAUGCUAUAGUUGACAGAAUUAUUCGAGCCAAGAAAGAAGGUACAGCUUGGAGAGCUAUCAUUGUUAUUCCUUUGGUCCCAGGAUUCGAGAGCCAAGUUGACCAGAUUGAUGGUUCCUCGGUCAGAGUUGUGAUGCAAUGUCAGUAUAUGUCGAUCUCUAGAGGAACGUCAAGUCUUUUCGCAAAAUUGAGAAAAGCCGGGAUUAACCCCGAUGAUUAUAUUCAGUUCUUUUCUUUGAGAAAAUGGGGAAUUUUGGGUCCAGAUCGUACGCUUGUGACAGAGCAACUCUACAUCCAUGCAAAGACGAUGAUUGUCGACGACAGAAUCGCCAUCAUUGGAAGUGCUAAUAUCAACGAAAGAUCUAUGAGAGGUUCAAGAGACUCUGAGGUUGCCGCAAUUGUGAGAGAUACAGAAACAAUCAAGUCUACAAUGAACGGACAAGCAGUUCGCGUAGGUAAGUUUGCACACACUUUGCGGAUGAGACUCAUGAGAGAACAUCUAGGUGUUGCUGUGGAUAUACUUGAUGUUGUGGAAAGAAAGUUCGAAAAAAUUCUACAAUUUGCCAAGACAGAAGACGGGUUGAAGGCUCAGUCGCACGAAUUAUCGGACUCUGAAGGUCAAGUUCUAUCUGCUGCUGUUGAGCUUGCAGCCAGAUAUGUUUUGCAAGAAUCUGACGGUACGCCGCUCUGGAGAAAAUAUCAAGAAUCAUGUGGCUUUAAACCCGAAAUUCACAAGGUGCCAUUUGAUGCAACACCUGAUGAUACUGCGGAGCCAAUGGCCCUUCCUAUUUCCUUCAACAACAGAACGGGUCCUAGAGAAGCCAAUGUUGGAAUUCGUGAGCGCAAGAAACAUUCUUUCGAUCCAAGGGUCCAGCAAAAUAUCAAUCACAAGCGUGAUGUUUAUGGAGAAGGUAUCGACAAGUAUAGAUCUAAACAAGCUCGCCUCGCUAGGCUUGACAAUGCUAAAUAUUUGAAGAGGCUCGCGCAUGCCUAUGAGGAAGAUAAACCAAACAAAUCUUUCCUCCCGGAUAUCAACAGCGUCUAUAUGUUCCUUGAUUCCGAUGAAGAACAUCACAGCCAGGCUGAGACAAACACGAGAAACCGGGAGAAAUGGCUUUUCCUCAAAAAAAUCGCUUACUUGCAACGUGUCGCUGCCAGAGAUGCUGAACAAUCUGAAAUAGAGCGCAAAAGACGUGUCGCAGCUGGAUUGCCAUCGUGUGUCCGGGCCUCAACUAACAUUUCCGCAGCCAAGAAAUUGCACAAGGAUGUGGGUGCCAGUCAUUCUCCUGAAAGUUCCAAAGAACAACACAGUGACAGCCCAGCGAGAUCCAGUGACGUGAACGGAUUGGUGCAGGCCAACGAUGUUGUUAGCGAUGUUAAUCUUGAAACGCAAGAUGCUACAACUGGGGAGUCCAUCACCGAGCAGAUUCCUAUUGUAACUCUUGAUGAUGAAGCCUUCAAAGAGACCAUGAGAGGUAUCAACGCUCAGGCAACUGAUAUAGUCACCAAGUUUGUGGACCCAUACUGCUUUCAAGAUCCUCUUGAUCCUGAAUUCUAUGAAGAUCUCUGGUAUGAAAUUGCAAGAAAGAACACAGAUAUCUUCCGCCUAAUCUUUCAUUGUCAACCCGACGACACUGUGAGAUCGUGGGCCACCUACAUGCAAUUCAUGAAGUUGAACAAAGGAUUCCAGGUUUCUCAAGCCCGAGAUGCUGAUUCUAGGAGGGAGAAACGUCUGUUUGAAUCAGAGAGACCGGGUCAAGAAUCGAAAUCUCAUCAACGGAAAAGUAGUCACGCAACCAUAAACAUCAGCGACUAUCAGCCAGAAGCUGGCAUCCUAGGUGACAUCCCUUCAGGUGAUCGCGACAGACAGGGUAGAUCGGGUGAAAGAGCCAGAUUCAACGUCCCAGACUCAAUUGCCGAGCAUGAUGAUAACAGGGACGGGGACGCUUCAAGCCUGGAAACCGAAGGUGAAGAGGGAGAUGAUGACGAUUUGAUCGAUAGCUCUAGUGAGUCAAGAUCAGAGCGGAUCAAUGGAGAAGCAAAUGGAAGUGUUAAUGGUAAGGCAGACGGCAAAUCAUUUGAUGCUAAAAAGAGAAGCGAUACCACCAAAAAAGUGAGAAGACGUGCUGGAACCUUUAGCAACCGCCGCAGAGCCAAAGCAGGAGAGAAGAUCUUCGAGAGAGACUCUGCGCAGCGCGUUUUGGAGGAAAUACAAGGACAUCUUGUUCUUUUCCCUGUUGAUUGGCUUCAAAGGGAGUUAGAUGGAGAAAAUUGGUUCUUCAAUACCGAUAGAAUCCCUCCAAUCGAGAUUUAUGAUUGA